AUGUUCUGCUGCUCUGCUCUGCUCUGCUGUGAAGGCCCUCGUGCUGCAGCUGGUCGCGUGUACUUCGUGUUCGGCAGAGCUACGCCCUACACCGGGAUCGACCUCUCCCAGCAGGACGUCCAGGGCACCGGCUUCUCCAUCCUGGGUCCCCAGGCCGGCGCCUAUCUCGGUUACGCCGUGGCCGCGGGCGAUGUUAACGGCGACGGCGUGUCCGAUGCCGUGCUGUGUUACCCCGGCAGCGGGGCGUCUUCGGGUGCCGGCGUUUGCGCGGUGGUGUUCGGUAACAGGGUCCGGGCCAACAUCCUGAGGAACCUGAGCAACAUCAACGGCACGAACGGUUUCCUCCUCCGCGGUGUGUCGGGCAGCACUUCUGUUACGCUCUGGGGUCGUGCUGCGGCUGUGGGCGAUCUCAACGGCGAUGGUCUCGGCGACGUGUGUAUCGGAGCUGUGGGAGGCCUGAACAACCCUGGUGGCGUGUCCUGCUUCUUCGGUCGUUCUUCGUACACCUCCGAGUUCAACUUCACUUACAGCGUACUCGACGGCGCUUCCGGUUUCCAGGUCGUUGGUUCGCUCAACGAUCAGCUGGGUAGCGUUCUCGCUACGGGCGAUAUCACCUACGAUGGCUGCCAAGAUCUGAUCAUCGGUGCCCCCACCUAUUCGUCUGUCUCCAGGCCGAGCUUGGGCGAGACUGGUGCCGUGUUCGUCAUCCACGGUCAAUGCCCUGGCCGUGGCUUCGCGGCGUCCAUCUCCGCCACUUCCAUCAUCCCCGUCGACAUCGGUUUCGUCAUCGAGGGUCAAGACUCCCUCGACAACUUCGGUUUUGACGUGUGGGCGGGUGACGUGAACGGCGAUGCGGCCACGGAUUUGCUCGUGUCGGCGCCCUACAAUGACGGCCCCACUGGUGCCCUCGACGGCGCUGGUUCAGUGUCAGUCUUCUUCGGUGCCCAGGACAACAACCGCUACGUGGCCCACGCAGGCCUGCUCCUCACCGCUGGUGCGGCUACUAAGGGUCUCGCGCUGUUCGGUUCGGCGGCGUCGCAAAACUUUGGUUUCUCAGUUGAAGUGGGAGACGUGAACGGCGACGGCGUGAUGGACAUCAUCGGUGGCACCAACGUGGCCCGCUCCACCCUCAACGCCCGCAACGGAGGCAUGGUCACGACCCUCUACGGUACCUGUACCUUCAGCAAGACGUCCUGGAGCGUGGGCGAGUUGGCGAACGGUGACGGCUCGCUGGGUUUCCAGGUGGUCAGCCCGCUGACCACCGGCAUCGGCUACAACAUUGAGGUGGUCAACCUGUUCAACAGGACCGCCGACGACAUGAUCAUCUCCACCGCCCUUGGUCGCACCAACUACUACUUCAACGGUGAGGCCUCCGCUUCCACCACGAACUGUAGCGUGCACCCCCCUGUGCUCUUUGAUUCGUCACCCACGCCCUCGGUCACGGCGACCCGUACGCCAACGCCCCUCCUCCACUGCCUCGCCUUCCUCCACGCCCUCCUCCACGCCCUCGCCCUCCUCCACGCCCUCCUCCUCCUCCACGCCCUCGAGCACGGCAUCGCCCUCUGCCACGCCCUCCAACUCGCCGUCGCCGUCGUCGACCCCGUCCAACUCGCCCUCGCCGUCGUCGACCCCGUCCAACUCGCCGUCGCCGUCGUCGACCCCGUCCAACUCUCCGUCCCCGUCGACCACGCCCACCAACUCGCCCUCGCCGUCGACGACCCCGUCGCAGUCGCCCUCCAACUCUGCGACGCCCUCGAGCUCGCCCUCCAACUCGCCAUCGCCAUCGUCGACUCCGUCCAACUCCCCGUCGCCGUCGUCGACGCCGUCCAACUCGCCGUCACCCUCGCAGUCGCCCUCCAACUCUGCGACGCCGUCGUCGACGCCGUCCAAUUCGCCGUCGCCGUCGACCACCCCGUCCAACUCGCCCUCGCCCUCGUCGACUCCCACCAACUCGCCCUCACCCUCGGCCACGCCCUCGCAGUCGCCCUCCAACUCGCCGUCGCCGUCGACCACCCGUCCAAUUCGCCGUCGCCGUCGACCACCCCGUCCAACUCGCCGUCGCCGUCGUCGACUCCCACUAACUCGCCGUCGCCCUCAACGACACCCACCAACUCGCCCUCGCCGUCGACGACGCCCUCGCAGUCGCCCUCCAACUCUGCGACGCCCUCAACCACCCCGUCCACCUCGCCGUCACCAUCGACCACGCCCUCCAACUCUGCGACGCCGUCGACCACCCCGUCCAACUCGCCGUCGCCCUCGACCACCCCGUCCAACUCGCCGUCGCCGUCGUCGACACCCACCAACUCGCCCUCGCCUCGCCCUCCAACUCUGCGACGCC